AGAGUGGUUAGACCUGGUAUGGUUUGGAUAAGACCUGAAUAUCUGAUUCUCGGUCAACCAUUUUGGAGCACUGAACAAGAGAACCAGUAUUUCGCAAUUCAAAGAAGAAAAGGCCAUGGAACAAAAGGGUUUUCAUCUGUUCUUGUAGCAACAAUCGAUUCAGUGUUUGAUACUCGACCUGCACCAUAUCGUAUCAUUUAUAAAUACGACGACGAUGAUGUUCAAAUUGCCAUUGUUAUUGCUCAUGCCGUGCGCAAGAAUGAAAUCCAGGAACACUGGGAUUGGAUAGAGAGAAAUAUUAUGCCAACAGUAGCUUCAUUUACCACGGAACGGGAUGUCAGGACCUUCGUACUGUGCAGGGUGGAAAGUCUGGUCCACAUCGACGCCGAAUCUGUUGCUGCUACAGAAGAACUUGACUCGUUGGCUACUCGAUCUGUCUUCCAUAAGUUUAUCACUAUCUUCGCUUUGCCUUCAGAUGAAAAAUUAGUAAACUAUUAUAGCUGCUGUUAUUGGAAAAAUCGUUUUCCCAAUCAGGGACAAAUAUUCUUAUCCGUGAAUUUUCUUUGCUUUUAUUCUUUCGUCAUAGGAAAUGAAGUUAAAAUCAAGUUGAAAUGGACAGAUAUCACGAAACUUGACAAGGUUUCUACUAUUUUAUGGCCACAAAGUCUUCGAGUGGUAACGCGACAAGAAAGUUACGAGUUCUCCAUGUUUCUUAAUUUUGAUGAAACAUUCAAGUUGGCAUCACAACUUGCCAAUAUCGCUAUGAAACAGCUGAUCGAAGAAGAAGGCUUUUGCGAAGAUGCCGCUCUGAUGCAGAAAGCUUUUUCGGAAAGUGAACGAAAACGUGCCAAGAAAACGACGGCUUCAUUUUUGAAACGAGAUCUUGAUGCAAGGCAACGAAGCGAAAGCUACAGAUGUCGCUUCAGUUUGCCACAUACUGAGAAGUUGGAUGGUGACAUCGAAUGCCGCCUGUUCACGCCAUAUGAUCGUCGACAUGUUGUCGGACGACUCUACCUUUCUGCUCAUUUUGUCUGUUUUGCUAGUCGUACCGAACGAUUAGUGUCGGUUGUGCUCCCGGUUGUCGACAUAUCCUCCGUAGAAGAAUGUACAGCGGCAUAUGGAGAAAAUUUAACAAGAGGGUCUGGAUUGCUCAUUUGUUUGCAAAACGGGGGGACCAUAGUUUUUUCAUGGGUACCGGAUGGAGAUCGAGUACUCGCCAAAAUAACCACAUUUGCGGAACGAUAUCGGAUUGAAACAACAAUGAAGAAAGCGGCAGUAAAGGGUCCUCCACCUGCAAAGCUCGAAUGUCUUCAAUAUCCUCUGUAUCGCAAAUAUCCAUGUGUCACCGACGCAGACGAUAGUUGCCGGGAAAAAUGGAAACGACUUUUUGAUGAUUUUGGAAGAGGAACAACUAUGUACCGAACAGUGGAACUACAUCGACUACUUCUAGAGGGCGUCCCCAUCGAUCUUCGAGGAGAGAUAUGGAUGACUUGUUCCGGAGCCAGAGCAGAGAUGGAGCUGAAUCCUGGUUAUUAUGAAGAAUUAUUGAGAAAACAUGAGUCGGUUUAUACGAUAGCACUCGACGAGAUCGAAAGAGAUCUGUACAGAAGUUUACCAGAACAUCCAGCUUUCCAAGAUGGAGAAGGGAUUGAUGCAUUGCGGCGUAUCCUGACUGCGUAUUCUUUCCGUAACCCUAAUAUAGGGUAUUGUCAAGCGAUGAACAUAGUAAGCUCGGUGCUAUUGCUAUAUGUGAAAGAAGAGGAAGCGUUUUGGCUUUUGGUAGCAAUUUGUGAACGAUUGCUGCCAGAUUAUUAUAAUAACAAAGUCGUUGGAGCUCUGGUUGAUCAAGGAGUCUUUACUGAGCUAGUGGAACGCUCACUACCAAAUAUUGGUGCUAAGCUUUCCGAGCUUGGAUUGGGCGAUAUGGUAGCGUUAUCGUGGUUCUUGACAAUCUUCCUCAGUGCGAUAAAGUUUGAUGCUGCAGUAAGGAUACUGGAUUUGUUCUUCUUCGAGGGAGCAAGGUUAAUGUUUCAAGUGGCAAUGGAAAUGCUACGCGAAAAUGAAGCCAUGAUUUGUAACUCGAAGGAUGAUGGGGAGACACUUAUGGCUUUAUCCUCUUAUGCAGACUGUAUCCAUGAACAUGCGUCAGAAGAUGGCGGCAAGAGAUCUGUGGGUGCCCUCUUGACAGCCUCAUAUAGAGAUUUCGGUUAUGCGUUCACCAACGAGCAGAUUGAGAGGCUUCGGUUGAAGCAUCGUUUGAAGGUUGUACAGACUCUUGAAGAUAGUCAGAUGAGGAGCAUAAUACGAAGUGUUGGUAAAGAAUGCAAGUUUUCUACAGAAGAGUUGGAAACCCUCUACAACAUUGUAAAGGAAGAACAUCUUUUAUCAUGGCGACUUCGAAUUGGAGUGACAGCAAGAUGUCAAGCGGCUUCACUUACGGAAAGACCAAAGCCAGAUCCAUGUGCGCAAUCUCAGUACAGGUUGGAUUACGACCUGUUCUAUGAAGUAAUGAGGCGCUUACUUCCAUGGCCGGUCACUUCCAACUUCGUAGUUCGUCUUUUUAGGUUACUCGAUGUGUCUGAUAGUGGACUACUGACAUUCCGUGAUUUGGCUCUUACCCUAUCUCUACUCCUACUCGGUGACGCUACCGAAAAAUUAGCGGUUAUCUAUAAAUGCCACAUUCCACCAGCUUUCAAUAUGGCUGACCUUGACGACAUAGCCUCAGUGGAGGAUGUGCGAGAGGGUUGGUUGGUUGUGGAAGGUGAAACUCCUGAAGUUGCUGUUGAUGCAAUGGAUAUGUUAGAUCCUCCGAAGUCAUCCGAGGGCCCAUCAGCUGAGAGUAGCCCCUCGAAAUGUGGCGAUUCCGUUAGUGAAAUUAGCACUGUCACUAGUGCAGUGGUUGUGGACAAUCCCAAGUCAAGCGCAUCGUCCUUGCUUGACUUGAUUGCUGCCAAGUCUGGCGGAAGUAAUUCAUCCGAUUCUAGUCAAGAACAAAUCCAAAUUGCGGAUGAAGCCAGUGAAGAAGCUGUGUCAUUAGUGGAAGAUUCCAUCACUAAACUAAAGAAUUUGCGAGCUACCGUUUUGUCACCAAACGCUGCUAAUUUACGUUUGGAAAUCAAGACGCUUCCGCCCAUCAAUCAGGUUCAAUUUAUCCAGCUGUGGAAGACCUUAUACGAUAUGCUGAAUGCAAAUGAAGCAGAUCAGCCUUUGUUCCAUUCACUCGCGGUCGUAGGAACUCUUCUGUUCCAACUUGGUGAAACACAUCGAGAGUUGAGAGCCAAGAUGGUAGCAGAAAUAGCAGAUGCCAUGAAAGAAGACGGUGAUAGUCCGUCGCCUGAAAAAUCCGCAUCACCCGAAGCGAAACAAGAGGAUGAAGAUACGCUAACACCAGAGGAAGAUCUGAGCACUGCACAGAGGAGACGCAUUGCUGCGCUUCAGACUGGAGUGGACGAGAAAGAAUGGCAUAUAAAUUUCGAGCAAAUUCUUGCCACACUACUUAGUGAACACCCGCUUGCAAAUUAUUUUGAAAGGAAAUAUACUUUACAAGGGCUUGUACGGAGAUAUCGUAAACAUCGAUUUGAUUCGACGAGAAGUUCGGAAUCGAAUGGUUCGCAGCACUAAUUUCUUACUUUGUACUUAUCUGUAACAUAUCUUUCAACUAUAAUCACUUCAUUUCUCUCAUUCUUCGGUGAUUCCUUCUACUUUUUUGAUUCUUUCACUGAAAGCGACGAAUUUACGUAUUAUCUGUAGAUAACUGUGUCCUCCCUAUGCUUGAAAAUAUGCCUUUUUUUGUGGGAUUAUUUGAGCUUUUUUUUCACUCAUUAGCUUCAAACUGCAUUCAUUGUGCCUACUUUGCUCUAACAAUUCUUCUUCCUC